AUGCACUUCAUGGUUCUCCCCCUAGUAGCCUCGUUUCUCCGCCUGUCCUUUGCAGACUUGCACGACUUCUGCGCUUGCCAAUACGGGACCAACUCUCGUGUUGACAUGGCGGCUACUGCCCUUGUCGCUUUCAACUGUGGAAAUCCGUAUACCUUUGCUCAAGCGAAAGAUCAGUUCUGGAUUGGCCGACACUCUGGACCAGGGCCUAGAUUUCAAGGAGCUUUUCUGAAAGCAGAAACAGGCCGCAUUGAUGGGGAUAAGUUUCAUAAUGCUUGCCUGGAAGACAGUGGAGGAGCUUCAACAUGUUUCAACUGCGGUUCGAUACAGGAGAACACUGACGGCUCUAUUAUUUGUCUUAGGUGA